GCGGAGCGCGGUGCAGCAUGGGAGUGCCGGGCCGCGCGGUGCAUGGUGGGGCUGUGGCCUGCUCCCACUCGCUCGAGCGGCUGCUGGAGCCUGACAAAAUUCUUGGAGAAAUUACAUCCCUGUAGUUUAUGAAAUCGUCCAUCUUUUAGACCAAAUUAGACAGUGAAACAACUUCUUUAGAACUCCUACUAACCAAGAAAGAACUCCUAGCCUGCUUUGACCGCUAUUGAAAUAGACACUCUCUCUUGUGCCACAAUGGCAAGUUUUGGCAGAGGCCAGAGCAAUCAAAUGCGUACCAAGAGGAAGAGUCGUUUUCACGAUGCAGAUGCUGGAGGUCUCGCUGCAGGUCCACCUCUGAAUAUCCAGGCAGCUCUUGGGACAUUGUGCCACAAUCCUCACUUGGCUGGCUUAAUAAAUUCUGGACAGGGUCAGAAUUAUGGCCUUCAUGGUGCAGGACAGGGUCAGAACUUUGGCCCGCAAGGUGUGGGACAAAGAUCUAAAGGUUUGAUGUCUACAGCUGGUGGGCCAUCACGAUACAGCGAUACUGCUAGCAGUAGCUUACCUUCCUUGUUUGGAGUUAGAAACCAGAAUCAACAAUCUCAUGCUGUUCAGAAACAGAUUGAUGCAGACAGGGCCAGUAACAUUCUAGCUGCGUUUGGUCUUUCAUCCAGGGAUUUGGAUGAACUGAGCCACUAUCCUGAAGAUAAGCUUACACCUGAAUCCUUGCCAGAAAUUCUUACGGAGAUAAAGAGAAGAAGAGCUAAUGAAGGAGCAGCUUCAAAAUACAACAGGGGUGACGGUUCUCCACGACAUGACCGUUCCUACAGAGCCUCUCAUGAUGAUUGGGAGGAAGAAAGACACUUUAGGAAACGUAAUUAUGCAAGUCGUGACUCCAGUCUUGACUCAGUAGUUGAAUAUAGUCACGGUCAUUCUUCUCGAGACUCAAGUGCUAGGUAUGACCGGAAGGACUAUGAACGUGAGCGAUUAAGAGGCAGUGAUGAUUUCUCCAGAGAGGAAAUGUGCCUCUCUGAGCCCCCUCACAAUUUCAAUAAAUUUGAUUCUGAUUAUGGAAGAGCUGCUCAUCUUCCUUCUCCUCGUACACACGAGAGAUCUCUCUUUGAGAGAAAACGAGGAUCUCCUUCAUUGAACAACAUAAACGAUUACCAUGGUUUCUUGCCAGCAGUGUUCCCCUACUUGUGCUCGCUGUGUGAUCUAACCAUUCAUUCUGUACAGGAUUGGAACCAGCACAACAAAAGUACAACACACAGACGACUUUGUGACCUCCUUGUGGAAAUAUAUCCAGAAUGGAAUCCGGAUGCCCUCCCACCACAAAUGGGCGAUCCUCUGGUUUUACAGUCAACAAACCUGGCUCCAGGUAUUCUGGGUCCCCCACCAUCUGGAUCCUUUCUUGCAUCGAACAGAGGCAUGGGAGGGAUGGAAUCCCAUGGGGCUUCAAGUCGCAAAGGUCCUAUGGAUAACAAGCAAGGAAACAACACUCAGAGGCUGCAGAAGCCAUCCAGAAUGAAUGUAAGUGAUGAGCCUGGCCGAGUUGUUCACAUUAGUGAAUUGCAGCGAGGUAGAUGUACGAAUCGUGAUCUAAUCAAGCUGGCUGAACCUUUUGGGAAGGUUACAAACUACUUACUAAUAAAGUCAAAGGGUGAGGGAUUUGUGGAAUUGGCAUAUCCUGAAGCAACUCAAGCCAUGGUGAAGUUUUACCAGAUGAAACCAACAUUUAUUGAUGGCAAUGCCGUCAGAGUGGAACUCUCCCAGAAAUAUAAAAAGCUGACUAUAAUGGGCAAAGAAAGUGAAGAACGAAGCCGGGUCGUCCACAUCAGCAACUUGCCUUCUGUUGGCUAUUCUGAUUCAGAAAUUGUAUGCCUUGGUAUGCCCUUUGGAAAAGUGACCAACUACUUACUGAUGAGAGUUAAAAAUCAGGUUUUCCUGGAAAUGGAAACACAUCAGAUGGCAAUGGCCAUGAUAGAAAAGUUCAAGAAAAUCCCUCUGAUGUUCCAUGGCAGAGAACUGAAAGUAUAUUUGUCUGAAAAAUACAGAAGCUUAGUGUUAAGGAAACCAGGCAAAGGAGUUGAUGAACUGUUGAGGAACAGAGAGCGAGAAAAUCGAAAAAGGGGUCGUUCUCAUAGCCCUCCUUCUAAAAGAGCACGAUCACCCAGCAACAAGAGAAAGGCUCAAGAUAAAUCCAAGAAUUCUAAGGAAACAGACCAUGAAAAUGCACAAACAGGCUCUCCUUCAAUGGAGAAUGCAAGCCCUAAACAGUUGGAAGGAGAGAAUGUUACAAAAAUUAAGUCACAGGGUGGCCCUUCUCCAGACACCAAGAACUAUGAAGAAGGUGGUACAGAAGACUUACUGUUAACGUAUGAUGAAUUAGUGAAGGACAAAUCUGCAGCUGGUGACAGAGGGGAUGAUUUGGAAGUGGAACUGGACCCAGAUAUAGAAGUUGGGCAUUUCAAUGAAGGUGAAAUGAAAGAUGAGUCUGAUGCAGAACUAAGCUCUCGAGAUGCAACACUAUCAUCUGAGAAGAGAUCAGAAGGCAUUCGGUGUCCAGAGUACAUGGAUGAGUUUUUUGCCCUUGAUGAGAUUGAUGAUCCAGAUGGUCAGAAAAUCAAAUCUGCUCAAACAGACAAAAUGCUUACUGAUGACAUCAAAGAUGAACAAAAUGCUGAAAAUGAAAGUUAUCUAAGAAAUAAUAUGAGUGAAAACACUGAUGUUAAAACAGGUGAAGAAGUGAAGGGAAACAUGUCCACAUUAAGUGGAGAGCCAUCAACCGAGCAAAUCCAGGCACUUUCUCCUCUUCCAGAAGAAUACAAACUUGGGCCAUAUAAACCCAACAAUCCUGUAGGUUUAGAUUAUGUGGUUCCAAAAGCUGGCUACUACUGCAAACUUUGCCGUCUCUUCUACACAAGUGAGGAGACAGCUAAGCAGACGCACUGUGGCACCGUUGAGCAUUAUGAGAGACUUAAGAAAGCGCUGGCCAAGCAAGCUAUGGAAUACUGGAGAGAAAAGCAACAGCAAUUCGUUCUGGAGUGACUGAACAAGAACUGAGCAAAACAUUGAGAAGCAUAAUUCCAGUAUUACCCAAAACAUUGAACACAAUCUGACAACCCAGAUGGAUAUGGUCUUUUUUGCAAUUUUUAAACUAGCAAGAUUUAUAUGAGUAUUGUGCUCUAAUGAUGAAAACCUUAGGGCUGUAAGAAAGUUUGAGUUUUGAAACAUUGACGAUAUAUUAUAACUUUAAUGUUCAUGUUUCUUUUUGGUUUUGAAGCUUCAUUAAGUCGAACUCCCAACUGCAGUAAUCACUUCCUUCCAACAGUGAAACAGACUCUCUACUUCAAUCCUAUUAUCCUACAAUGUUGAUCUCAAACACAGUAUCAUUUCACAGUAAAUUGCUUCUCAUCACUUAACUAUAUGAUCAUUUUUCAUGAAACAGUGAUGAUUUCAGUCUAGCAAAUGAAGCUUCAAAAUAUUUUUUAAAGUUUGAUUUGUUAGCACCUGUUUAAAAUAAAACUGAAAGUGUUGAACUUCUAACAUACAGUAUUUGUCUCUGGUUAAAUAUUUGUGAUUGGCUUGUGGAGACAUGAAGCUUUUAAUCAUUCAUUGCUAGUUAUGUUUUGUUGAGCUAAUAUAAAUGUUGACAAUGUAACUGGCAGUAACUGGAAAAAAAGUAAAAUACUCUUCAGAAAGAAUGAAUGAAAGGUUAAAUGGGAAUGAAUCUCAUCCAUCAUUGUUCCUUCACUGGUUUAAAUUAGAAUAUUGAGUUGUCAGUUAUGUUUUCAAUUGUAAAACCAUAAGUAGAGAGUUUGUAAUCUGGGUUGUGAUAUAUUGGACCAACACUGAUAUCCAUCCAUUUCAACCCAAACUAAGCAAAUAUUUUGAGAUUUUAUUUUCUUUACCACACAUAUAACAUUGGAAAAAAAAUUCUGUUUUUGUCUUAAAAUGGUUGUUUCUUCAUUCAUUCAGUGAAUUUUCAUCUCCAAGUAGGAAUUAUUGUCACCUGCAGUAUAAACCAGCUAUAAGAAAUGUCAUUGUCUGGCAAUUUACAUGUGCUAAGUGCAACAUACUUGGGAUUGUUUGGCUCUUCCCUCUAUGGAUUAGCAGUAAUUCAUGUUCUCUGUGAUUUUGUUUUCAUAGAUUAAGGUUAUGUACUGUAAGUACUCUUAACAUUUUUACUUUUGUAAGCAUGCUAAAGAACCAUAUUCAACACUUGGUGUGAUGUUCAGUAAACAAACAAUUUUAAUUUAUAACCAGCUCUCAAUCUGCAAUGAAGAGUGUUUUCCAAAUAUCAUACCUGGUUGUAUGAAUUUUGUUCAUAGCAGAAUAUGCUUAGCUCAUUUUAUUGCCUACUGUCAUAUUCAGUUUUCGUUAGGACCAAGUGAUCACUUAAUGUAACAGCCAGUUUUUGAGGCACGUAACCAUAAUUGUCAAAGAUUUGGUCAAUGCUUGAAUAGUAGAAUAGGUUUUUUAAGAUCUCUAAUGUAUCAAUUUAAAAGUAUAUAUGAAAUGCUGCAGUUUUUAUUAACUUGGCUCGCCCUCAAGUAACAUGUGGAAACCUCAUCAAAUUUGGAUGACUCAAAAUUCUAAAUCUGGAAUGCAAUAAAAAAAGUGUAUUUUGGAAGUUCCCAUUACUGGGUUUUUUAGACUGAAGUAGAUUAUUUCAAGACAAUAUCUCAGCUGUGAUAUGGGCACCCCAUUUGGCUUCUUGAGAUCUUUGUACUUUAGUUCAGUCAUUCAUUUAGAUUGCAGCAAAAUACCUGACAUGCAUGAUGAAAUCAGGGUCUCCAGACAUUGUAACAUGACUGCCUUAGAGCAUUUAGAUCAGUGCUUUCUAAACUUGAGGCUUGAAAAUUGUUGUGACCGUUCAGUGAGAACUAAGAGUGCAGGGGCCUGUUACAGUGGAAGCACAGCUGUUAUAAUUCAGUCAGAGCUGUACAGGGGCCAUUAUUGCCCCAGAGGCCAUGACCCCAAAGUCCAAACCCCUUCCCACUUGGGAAACCCUAAUUUAGAAAUUACCUGCAUGAACCUCCUAAGGAGAGAGUGGAAUGGAAAAAUGAGGGGUAUUUUGCUGAAUUUAUUGACUUGUAUGCUGCAUUCAGUGAAACAACUUGCCAAACGGAUAAUAAAGGGGCAUGAACUACAUUGGUUAAUUCAGAUGUCGUUAUCCAAACUCCUGUGCAACUGCAACUCAUUUUUAGAUAUUUCGUGUUACUGAUGCCAUGCAUGUCAUUGUGUAAAUUCUUGCAUAUUGUGUCAUAAAGAUAUUCAAAAUAUGUUUGCCAUCAGUAAAAAAAAUUGUAAAUCCCAAAGAAACCAAAGUAACUUGAAACAAUGGUUUGACACCACUGGAUUAAUUAAGCCUCAAAAUUCUUGUCACUUGCACAAUUAAAAAGUGUUGCGUUGUGCAGUAUUUGGAAAGUGUAGAAGUUCAGAUAUUUUGAAAAAAACUUGAACUGUCUAUGGGGAACAAACAACAAUGGCAUUCAGAAAGUCUAAUAACUCAGAAUUGCCACAAAAAUUGAUUUUUUUCAUGUUGAUAAUUUGUCAAAAGAUCAGAUUUGAGAACAUUGAGAGUUCUUUCACUGUCCUAAAUUUUAUAUAAAUAACUUGUUUUCAGUUUGACUCAGUCAAAACCAGAUUCUUACCUUCAUUUACAAUUGAACUAAAAUACUUGCUUUUGCGUUUUUAAGAGCAAGCAUGCUUGUCUAUUAGAUCUAAGAGUGUAUUUAGUAAACUUCUGAGAGAUGGUGUUGGUAUUUAAAGUAUACAGACAUACUAAAUCAUUGCCGAUUAGAACUGUGAUGUACUCUUGCUUCUUGUUUAAACCUGUGGUUUUUAGUACAGACAUUGUUUUGUAUUCAAACUGUUGAAAUAUUUUUCUUUGGUUUGAUCUGUAAUGAACCAAAUGUUGUACAAAGAAGCCUUGGUAGAUCACUUGCCUUCCAAAUAGAUGGCCAGAAUUGAUAGCUAGAUUACCCUAUCAGGAGAAUCCUUCUGGCCUAGUCAGAUAAGUGUUCCCAAUUCUUGGGCAGCAUGUGAAAGCGAGAUGUUCCCUCUUAGAAGUGAUAUGUGACUCCCAAGUGAUGUAUAACAUUUCUGAGAACAGCUAAACAUGGAAUACUGCUAUAAGCAGUAAAUUGGUGAGUAACUUCGUGAUUUGAAAACUGGUAGUUAAUGAAGUGGGCCGGCUUUCUUUUAUUUCAUGUUUGAUUGCAGUGUUGUUAAAAUUGUUUGCUUUUAAACUCUUUCUUCAACUUUAAUGUGUCCAGGAUUGGUUGGAAAACCAGCUUUAAAUGAUAAAAUGUGAAAUUGUUGGUUUAUUUUGUUUGUUUAAAAUUGUGCUGUUGAGAAGGUUGGCUGGAAUGGUGAGCCUGUUAUGCCUGAACACUACACAAUAAAACUUUUAUAUUGUUAUUGGUGAAA